UUUUGACACCCCUGCUCUGAAUACGUCUCUGUCUGUUUUUACGUUUUCUCUGGAAUAUAAUAAAAAAUUGGUGGAGCCUAGGAGAAGGGUGAUAUCGUUAUUUCUUUACCUAGCAUGUCCUCAAAAAAAAAAUUUUUUUUCUAUUUUAAUAAAGUUUUUUCUUUAGUGCAAUAUAUUUCAUUCAAGACAUGAGAGCAUCCAGUUUACAAUUAACCGAUGAAGAAUUUGAGGAUUAUACGAGUGGAAAACGCAUUCCAACUUCAUUUAAAAAUUCAAUAAGCACCUACGUAAUGAGAUCAAUUGGCAACUCAAUCAAGAGAAUUGAUGGAUUGUUGAGUAAACAAGCAGAAUUAGUUGGAAAAGUGGAACAAUUGGAAGCAGGCAUUGAAAGGUUUUUAAUUUUUUUGGGGGUAGAAAAUAGGGGUAGGCUAUUUUAA